AUGAACGAUUUUGCCGACUUGCACGCAGAGCAACAGCAAGGCUGGGAUAAGCGAUGGCAGACCAAUGUCAUCCCGUUCGACAAGGGCGCUCCCCACGGAGCCUUUACACACUUUCUGAAAGACGCCGGUCAGGGUGAUGUUCCCGACAUCCCUAGGACCGGGAAAGCUCUCGUGCCUGGUUGCGGUCGAGGGUACGAUGUCCACGCUCUCUCGCUCCUCGGACUGCAAACGACAGGGAUCGAGGUCUCCCCGACAGCCGUCGAAGAGGCCAACAAGUGGAUCCAGGCGCAACCUGAGCAACCCAAGGGAAAUGGUGGGAGCGGAGCCGUCGAGCUGGGAGACUUCUUCAAGUGGAAAGAGGGCGAGGGUGACGAGGGGAAGUAUGACGUGUUCUACGAUUAUACCUUCCUCUGCGCCCUCCCGCCUACCCUCCGAUCGUCCUGGGCCUCGACCUACGCCCGCCUAGCUCACCCAGGUUCAAUUCUCAUCACCCUCCAAUUCCCUCUGAACGACCCGGAUCUCACCAAAGGUCCUCCUUUCUCCCUCUCCGAGGAGCUCUACGUAGACCUCCUUCAGAACGAGUGGGAAUACGUCUGGGGCAGGGGAGUCGACGAGGCACAGAGCCGGGCGAGUAACGGGCCCGAGGGGAGGUCGCAAGGUGGGGUGGACGUGAAUUCGUUUAGGAAGGGAAGGGAGAGGAUCGCCAUCUGGAAGAGAAAGUAA